CACUAAUUCCUGAUGAACAAAAACGGACAAGAUAUUCUACCAAAAUGGUAGUUGACUCCAAUAACCCUGUCUAUGAUGACAAAAUAUCAUUUGAAUUGUUGCAAGAUGACAUCAGUAAACGUCUCAUGAUAUCAGUGUGGCAUAUAGACCAGUCUAACUAUGUCAAAGAUCAUCUUGGUUCAAUGUCAUUUGGUGUCUUACAUCUCAUGAAACCAAACAGGUGUGUUGAUGGUUGGUACCACCUCCUUAAUGAAAAAGUUGGCAGAAACAAGCAUUUAUUAGUGGCUGGAAAAUUAACACCAGAUUUACAGAUGAGAGGAUUACAUGGUAUUCCUCUAAUUAACAAAGACUUGUGGGGAAUGGAAUCUCUGAUUAUCUCUGUUGACCGUGGCAAAUGUGGUUAUGGGUUUUCUGUUGUUGAUGGAUGUCCUGUUCGUGUCAGCCGAGUUGAUGCAGCUUCUCCUGCAGCUGAGGCUUGUCUGAAAAUUAAUGACCGAAUUGCCAAAGUAAAUGGAAAGAAUGUAUCUCGAUCCAUAGCUGUUAGCGUUGCUAAAUUGGUCAAAAACAGUAAAUACAAAGUGACGCUUGAUAUACAAAGACCAAUUGCUUAUGAGAAUUUGGAAAAAUCACCAUGGCGAUGGAAAGGUAAAACUGAUGAUGAUGAUAAGGCAGAAGAUGAGAUCAACGCCCAAAAUGGUUCCUGUGAACAGAAUGCUGCCAAAGAGAACGAAGUGUCUGUUGAUGAAGAUGUGAUGUUGGGAAAUGGCUAUAAAAUGACGACAAGCACACCUUUCCCAGGGAAGUUGGAUCGUAAAAUAUUCCAUUUAACAAAGCCAGAUACGUCAGAAAGUAGGGCAGCAGCAAUCCAACAAUUGGUUGAUUUGGAACGAGAAUAUAUCGAUUUUAUGCAUGGAGGUAUUGAGCAAUACUCUCGUCCAUUACGGCAUUGUAUUAUCAGUCAAAAACAACACACAGAACUCUUCCAAAAUAUUGAAAAGUUGGUGACAUUGUCAGAAUAUCUUCUGAAACAGCUUCAAUACAACACACCAUCUUGUAGUUCCACGGAAACAGAUGAUACAUCAGAGACUGAUUCUAACAUCAUACACAAUGUUGGCCUCAUUUAUAAAUCUAAGCUUCAGAUGAUCUGUCAAGCAUACAAGGUUUAUGCGCAGGGCCUCAGUCAAGCCAACACUGUCCUGAAAGACCUUCAGAAUAAUGCAAACUUCAAAAUGUUCCUCAAGGAGUGCAUCUCAGCUGUGAAACAGACCAGUAUCAGUGCAUUUAUCACCCGUCCUUCUCAGCAUAUCAAAGAGAUGUACCAAACACUUAGGGAGAUAUUUUGCAACACCCCACAAGAGGAUUCUGACUACUUGAACCUGAAACUGGUUGUUGAGGGUCUCCAACUCUGUGCGACUUAUAUCACUAAUUACACGUGUAUCAGGGCUCAAAAGCUGGCAUCAUCAUCCUCAUCUUCAUCACAUUCAUCAUCAAUGUCUAACAGUUCUCUAAGUUCUUACACCAAUUCCAGUCACUCAGGUGUUUCCUCUGCAGUCUUCGAUGGCAAUCCUUCCAAGAGACUCAAAUCCUCAACGUGUGCAGUAAGCGUUUCAAGAAACUUCCAUUACGAAGGGAAAUUGCAAGUUUCAAAUACUGUCUGUGUGAAGAAAGAGCAAGCAUCAAUAUCGUACAUACGGAAUCUCAAACCAUCCAAGUCAAAUCUUGGACAAACUUCAUCAAACUGUUCUGAAGAUUCUGGUCAUUCUGUAGAUUCGCAACUGUCAAGUAUUCAGAAAAAAUUGUAUUUCCCAAACACUGUUCCGUAUUUCCAGUUGUGUCAGGAAGAAAGACAUCUCAUUUAUUCAGGUGAGAUUUUCAGGUGGGAUGGAGAUGUUUGGAACAAGUUGCAGUUGAUGUUAUUUUCUGAUCUCCUCUUACAAACUGAGAAAUCUGCUGAUGAUAGAUUGACAGUUGUGGAGAGUCCACUCAUGUUGUAUUCUUUGCAAGGAAUCGAAUCUCAGAGAAAGCAUGCUACAGACUUCCUUCUUCAUGUAAUGUGUUCUUCGGACAAAACUUUGGCUUCUUUAAAGAAAUUGAUGUUCCGAGCGCCUAAUAUUGAACAGAAGUAUACCUGGAAGACUUUGAUAGAGCAACGCAUUCUCAGUUACCGAAGUGGGAGUCUUGAAUCAUUUAUUACAUCAGAUAUUUCUGGCGCUUCUGGAGUAAUUGUAUGAAAAUAACCAUGGCAGCUGGUAUUCGUCAUUGUCACUGUCAUCAUCUUUAUCAUCAUCAUCAUCAUCAUUCUACAUCCAAUUUUCCAUGCUUGCAUGAAGCAGACAGAACUUGUUGAUGCACAUUUUCUACAGCUGGAUGCUCUUCCUGUCAACAACUCACCUAUUUCCAACCAAAGUAAUAUUUUCCCUUGACCAGACAUGUUUUUUUUUUUUUUACAGAAGACUGGAUAUGAACAACCUCACUUGCAUGUUGAUGGUAAUGCUCAUUUACAACCAUUACAUGAAGUCAAGACAAGGGUACACAUACACAUAUAUACAUACACAAUGGCUUCUUUUAGUUUCCAUCUACCAAAUCCACUCACAAGACUUUGCUUGACCUGGGGCUAUAGUAGAAGACACUUGCUCAAAGAGCUAUGCAGUGGGAUUGAACCUAAGACCAAAUGGUUUGGAAGCAAGCUUCUUAAGCACACAUCAACGCCUGCACCUACCCAUGUGAGAUAUUGGCUUCAAAUUUUGGCACAAGGCCAGCAAGUUCGAGUGAAGGGAUAAGUUGAUUACAUUGACCCCAUUGCUCAACUGAUACUUAAUUUAUCAACCCAAAAAGAUGAAAGGCAAAGUUGACCUCGGCAGCAUUUGAACUUAAUAUGUUAAAGACAGAUGAAAUACUGUUAAGCAUUUUGCUCUGUGUGCUAACUGUUCUUCCAACUUACCGCCUUGAUCCAUGUGAGAUAUUAACAGACAAUCAACCUUUUGCAGCUCAAGAAUUGAAGAAGCCAAAAAUAAACCUUAACCUUUCCUUUGCCAUGUUUCUGUUGAAAUACACUGACUUUGUUUCAAGUAAUUUUGAAAAUAAUGAAGAAUUGAAUAAAAUACAUUAUCAUUAUUAA